GUGAUUUUACUGCAGUAAAAGACUACUUGAAUAUGAGAACACUUAAUAUUCAUGUGACCAAACGGACAUCCAACAAACCUACAGCAAUUGAAAUACGAAAUGACCUCAUCUUGUCAGGCCGUUCAAGGUCGUCGAAACGAAACGGCGGGCGGAUCUGACAACAUCCUGCAAUAAAUUUCAAUGGGGGAGUACGGACGGUGACUAACUAAAAUUCAGCACUACCUAAUUCAAAUCCAUUCGCCUAUUCUACAUACUAAAGUUCUUAUUUCUGAAAUACUUUACACCUACUAUUUCAAUAAAAGUCUUUGCUUUCCAAACCUCCCAUCACUUACUUUUUGGAUAAUGGCUAACUUUUCGAGAGUGGCCGAGAUUUUUGAGCAAGCAUCAGUGGCGUUCGGUCGAUUGGCCCAACUUACUUUAGAUCUUAAGCAGUUUCAAGCGCAACAAAAUGAUGGGGAUUCCAAGACCUGCGGGAAAUGGUCACAAAAGGAAGUUGAAGAUCUUAAAGCUGCUAUUGGACGUUUUGGAUCUGAUCUGUCCAAGGUAGCUGAAGCUAUCGAAACAAAGACCAUUAACCAGAUAAAACAAAAGCUAAAAACCCGGGCUUUUCAGGAUGCUGGUCUUGGAGAUAUUUCCUUUGAAAAUGAGGCUGCGGAUACAGAAACCAAACCAAAAGUCACGACUCCAAAUGCUACUCCAGUAGAACGUGGAAGACGUAAGCAAGCUUUGAAUCAAAUGUCUGAACCAGUAGACUUACAUCCUCCUAAAAGAUCCAGAUCUGAUGUCGACGAUUUGAAUGAAUAUACCAAUUAUGCACCUGAAGUAGAAGCUCCAGAUAAAAAACCCAACCAACCGGCUAGUAACAACAAAUCAUAUAGUAAUGAAAAUGUUACACCGCAAAAGAACGACGACGGUCAUAAUAUUUUAAAACAUAAGCCAGUUGGCAGUACACUAUCUAGUGUUUUAUCCAAACCGAUAUCACUUGCUAGACCAGAUGCAAGUAAUUUUGAUGAUCGUCAUCGCAAAACAACGACGUCAGUAAAUGUCCUUAGUUCUGGAUAUAAUGCAAAUGAAUCGAAGUAUGAAGAUUAUGACGUAAGCAAAAUCUUUUUUCUUAAAUUGAUAUAUUUGGUGAUUUUUCUCAGUCUUACAUUUGCGAUUAGCAUUCACCAUACACUGAUAUCAACUAAAACACCAUGAAGCCCCGAAUAUCUUUUCCAUUCUAGUUUGAAACUUUUGUGUUGUACACUCACAAACCUAUGUUGGCUGGAGUCUAGGACACACAGGUCUUGGAACGAGCGCAUUAUCUUUAAGUUACUGAGUAGGAUUCUAGUGAUCUGAAUUUUCAACUUGAGUCGAUUCCAGUCAGUCACUCAGUCAUACGCAACAUAAAAUGUGACAUUUAUAUAUGCAUAAGUUCAAUUCGCUAUGUCAUAUCACGACAGUGACAUGUCAAAGUUGUUAAGCAUUAACAGUAUUAGUGAUAGUACAAAAAGAUCAGGCAUAGGCUGCAUGAUUUGAUAAAGAAUAAGUUUGUGGAGUAAAAAAGUAUAAGAUACCUUGGAUCUAAAGGAAGACGAAGAAUGAGUGUAUCUGCACCAUUAAAACCAGUUUUAAGCCAUGUCACCUGACCCAUCAAAUUGUUGGUUACGAUAAUUUAACGAAUGAACCAGGUAGUAUGUAUCUGUUAAGAUGCUCCAGUUCAGCUAUCAAUGAAUUCGUACAGUGAUGCCACAUGUCCCUGAAUUUAUUCCAGUGUAAUCCUACACCAUCAGCCAACACCACAUGUUGCUGUAGACAGUAGUUGGAUAUGCGUAAUACAUGUCCCAACUACUUCAGUCGAUGAAGACCCACUAACCUUUUAUCUACAUAUUUACCAUCUGUACGUAGUAUACUUUCUAACCUCGGCAUUGACCACUUGAUGAUCCUAUCAUGCAUGAGGAAUUCUUGAGUAUUUAUUUUCAAAUACUAGUAACCUACGAAUGUUCUCUAUGUUCAAAAGCUGUGUUUCAUAACUAAAGUAAAGCAGAGUGAUUUGACUGUCGGUAUAUUCGUCGUUUUGGUUGUCAAGUGAACAUCUCGCCUAUACUGCAAGUAAUGUACGUCGGCACAAGUCAACUGAGCUUUCUAAACUGGUGUCGAGAUUUCAUUUACGUUAUUGGAAAAUGAUAAAGACCAACUUUCAGUCUAACUAUCUCUACUAACUUUCAGUCAUAAUCUACUUGUCCAAUCAGCCAUGAUUGCUAAGUGUCUAAAGCGAUGACAGCGAUUAUGAUGGUGCUGAUGGUCGUACACCGGGAGAAGAUUAUGAAUCAGACGAAGAACAAGAGGAAGAAGAAGCCGACGAUAACGAGGAUUACGAUGAAUAACCAGCAAUAAAUUGAUUUGUUAAAUAUUUGUGUAUAUGUCUUCAUGAUUAUUAUUAUUCAUUAUCAUGUAAAUUAGUGUUUAUACUGAUAAAAUAAGUUAAUAAACUGCUUGUGGUUAUUUUCUUUUCAUAUGAUAUCAAAGAACUACGAUCUCAA